UAAGGGGUAAGGGGCCCUGCAGGAGGGCCCCACAGCCGCCCAGAGAGCCCGCAUUCCCGCACUGCCCUUUGCUGCUGGACAGGACAGCUGGCGUAAUUCAAACAGGAAGCGGCUUGCAGAUAAGCUUGCAGAACCCCAGCCUGACGCUGGCCUCAGUGGGGGCCGCCGGCCACUGUAAAUAGCAACCAUGAGGGCCCCAGUGCAGUGUCCUCUCAGUCCCCUGGCGGUCAGGACACCUCUUUGCCUGGUGUGGCCCUUAGGCUGGGGACGGCGGCUCCGGUUAGCUGGUGGAGCGCUGACCGGAAGGCGAGAUUCCAGAGAGUUCACCCCUUCCUGUGCCAGGAGUCAGGGCCCUGCUGCAGGCAUUAUGGAGAGGGGCCUGGCACUCCUCAGCCUGGCCUUCCUGUGGCUGCUGCGCCCCACAUCUCCUCAGCAGCAAGUGGACGACGCCUGUUCUGUGCAGAUUCUCGUCCCCGGCCUCAAAGGGGACGCGGGCGAGAAGGGAGACAAAGGUGCGCCGGGACGGCCUGGACGAGUGGGCCCCACGGGAGAGAAAGGAGACAUGGGUGACAAAGGACAGAAAGGCAGUGUGGGUCGCCAUGGAAAAAUUGGUCCCAUUGGUUCUAAAGGUGAAAAAGGAGAUUCUGGUGAUGUAGGGCCCCCUGGCCCUAAUGGAGAACCAGGCCUCCCGUGUGAGUGCGGCCAGCUGAGGAAGGCCAUCGGGGAGAUGGACAACCAGGUCAGCCAGCUGACGGCCGAGCUCAAGUUCAUCAAGCACGCUGUGGCCGGCGUGCGGGAGUCGGAGAGCAAGAUGUACCUGCUGGUGAAGGAGGAGAAGCGCUACGCGGACGCGCAGCUGGCCUGCCAGCGCCGGGGGGGCGCGCUCGGCAUGCCCAAGGACGAGGCCGCCAACGGGCUCAUGGCCGCCUACGUCGCGCAGGCCGGCCUGGCGCGCGUCUUCAUCGGCAUCGAUGACCUGGAGCGGGAGGGCACGUUCGUCUACUCGGACCGCUCGCCCAUGCAGACCUUCAGCAAGUGGAGCAGCGGGGAGCCCAACAACGCGUACGACGAGGAGGACUGCGUGGAGAUGGUGGCCUCGGGCGGCUGGAACGACGUGGCCUGCCACGUCACCAUGCACUUCGUGUGCGAGUUCGACAAGGAGCACGUGUGAGCCGCGCGCGCGCCGCCGCCGCGCCCUCCCCGGGGGCCGCCGCCCGCGCAGCGCGGACCCACGGGGCGGCGUCCGGGCCCAGGGCGACUCCCGCCCGCGGAAGGGCAGCGCCCGUGCUGUGCGCUGGCCGGGGUGCCCCGGCUGCCAUUACUCAGUUUCCUCGCCUCUGCGCAGACUGUGAAAUAAACCGCUUACGUAUUCCAGCCGUUAGGUGCACCGUAGUGGGGUCUCCAAUCACCACCUUCCUUUUAAGUUCUAGAUGGAAAAGAACGCAUUGACUUUGACCCAUGUUUCUGUAAAUUGUAUUAAAAUAUCCUUUCCUUUUUGCUAUUAUCCACGUAGGAACAACCUUGCUUGGCUGCAGAUGCCAAUUGCAGGAAAAAGAAA